CAAAGUUACUACAUUUUUGUUGUGAUCUAAAUAAAUUAUAUUAAUGGCAAACUAGGUAAUAUGCAACAAAUGAAAGAAGUUAAAACAGUGAAAACAACACAGCAGUCACAGGAUGUUGACAUUGACUUGUUUACCAAUAAGAUUGAGCUCCCUCUCUGCUGAGCCAGUCACAUGGACCCGUGUUGUCUCGCUCCGUCCACCACUGAUGGAGAGGAGACGCUGGGACAAGUGACACAUGCAGCACUUAGUAGGAGGGGUCCAUUUCUGUGAAAAGAUCCCGAGGCAGCAAGCAGGCAGGAAUGUGUGCUCUCGUCGGUGGACGGUAUCAGAUGUCACCAGCUGUGAGGGGCUGGUAUAAAGGACAGAGCUGCCACCUCCCAGAAUAGAUAUCAGCUUUUCACAAGCAGCAGCACACGCCAAGGAGAAGCUCCAGGAGUCUGACCUUGUUUUUGGUAACUUUUUAAAACCAACAAAGGGCACAACUUGUAUUUUUCUCUCCUAAAAUAAGAAAACCUACUGGUCUAACGCUAGGCAGUGACAUUAUUAUGGACGUUCAGAGGACAGGGUCUAUUGUUCGGGCCCCAAGCCCAAUGGAUAGCCUCGAGAAGCAGCUGAGCUGCCCCAUCUGCCUGGAAAUGUUCACCAAACCUGUGGUGAUCCUGCCCUGCCAGCACAACCUGUGCCGUAGCUGUGCCAGCGACCUCUACGACUCACGCAACCCCUACCGCUUCUCCGGGGGCGUCUUCCGCUGUCCUACCUGCCGCUUCGAGGUUGUGCUAGACCGUCAUGGUGUGCAUGGGCUCCAGCGUAACCUGUUGGUUGAAAAUAUUAUCGACCUCUAUAAGCAGCAGCAAGAAGGGAGCAACAGCGGGAGCACAGAACCCACCCUGAAGCCUAAAGAAUCCAAAGAGCCCAUGUGCCAAGAACACGAGGAGGAGAAGAUCAACAUCUAUUGCACUACCUGCCAGACACCCACCUGCUCCAUGUGCAAAGUGUUCGGCCUGCAUAAGGACUGUGAGGUGGCACCUUUAGCAAGUGUUUACCAGACCCAGAAGAGUGAACUGAGUAAUACUAUUGAUACCCUGGUAGCUAGCAAUGGCCGCCUGCAAGCCCUGCUCAACCAGAUGGAAGAUGCCUGCCGUGCUGUGCAGGAAAACGCUCAGUGUGCUAAGCAAGGUUUAGCGGAACGCUUUGACCUGCUAUACGCUGUCCUGGAGGAGCGCAAGACCAUUCUACUAGAGCAGAUUGGAAAAGAGCAAGACGAAAAGGUGGCAGCACUGCGGGCGCUGUCUCAGCGCUACAGUGAGCGACUGCAGACCAGUUCAGAGCUGACGGACACUGCUGUGAGGGCGCUGGAGCAGGGGGGGGCUGCGGAGUUCCUGCUGGCCUCCAAGAGCCUCAUCACGCAGACCAAGGAUGCAGCUAAAAGCUCGCUGGGGGAAGACCGGCCAGAGCCAGGCUUCGAGAAGAUGGAUCACUUCACUUUGUCGACAGAGCAUGUUGAGGCAGUGCUGGCAAAAAUGGACUUUGGAGUGGUUGAUGAUGAUGAGUUUGAGGAUGCGGAGGAGGAGGAGGAGGAGGAAUAAUGAAAAUCUAACUAGUUGCGGACUUGUAGAAAAAAUGUGCUUUUUGAAGGUUUUUCACCCAAUUGUUUAUGGCAGGGACUGCAUUUGAUGUUGAAAGAAAUCCAAGGUUAUGGUGGAGGUGGGCGCCUUGCCCAUACGUUCAGUGCAAUAUUUUAAUGACGUAUUCAUUGUUUUUCUUAACUUUUUUUUAUACUUUUGUACUUCUGAGCCAGUUAAAUUGAGAAAUUGGUCUAGAUAAUUGUUAAAAUAACAUGUCUGAAGAUUGAUUACACAUUGUUUUCCAUACAUGUUUCCUUUGAUAUUAGUUAUUUGUGUUUUUCUCACUUUGUCCAAGUUUGUGUUGAACUGGUGAUCAGCUGAUCUGUAAUCACCAAAUGUGUCUUCAAUGGAAUGUGGAAUAAAGCUGCAUGAUGUUAAGCUCC